ACAGAAUAAUACAGAACAUGAACCAGAAUAAUACAGAACAUGAACUAGAAUAAUACAGAACAUGAACUAGAAUAAUACAGAACAUAAACUAGAAAAAUACAGAACAUGAACCAGAAUAAUGAACAUGAACUAUUAUAAUACAAAACAUGAGCUAGAAUAAUACAGAACAGAAACCUUAACAAUACAGAAGAUGAACUAGAAUAAAACAGAACUAACUUAAAAAUAUAUUGUUUGUUGUAGAGCUAAACAGACAGUAAAAUAAAAAAAAAACAUGGUCGAUGAAGGCAUAACCCCCAGUCUGGAGGAUUCGGAAGAUGUCGGUAGCCGACCUGCAUCUGGUGCUGGAGGUAGCCGACCUGCUUCCGGAGCCGAGCCUAGCCGUCCUGCAUCCGGAGCUGGAGGUAGCCGACCUGUGUCCGGAGCUGAGGCUAGCCGACCUGCGUCCGGAGCCGAUGCUAGCCGACCUGUUUCUGGGGCUGCGAUUAGCCGACCAGCAACAGGAGCUGUAUCUAGCCGACCUGCUACUAGCGCUGCAUCUAGCAGACCUGAAUCAAGAGCCACAUCUAGCCGACCUGCAUCAGGAGCUACAUCUAGCCGUCCAGGGUCAAGAACUCAAAGCAUGAUCGCAGAGUCUGAUGAGCCAGAUAUACUCACACUGGAGUCCAAUGAGAAAACUGAGAAAAAGAAGAAACCCUGUAUUUACAAUAUUUGGUAUACUAAAGAGCUGAUGGACGAGGAUGAAGAAGAAGAGGUUGUUGUGAAAACCACUAUUAGAGAGCUCGUUGUGUACUCUGUAUUUCUUCUCAUGCUAAGCAUUGUUACGUUCAGCAUGACUUCUCCUAUUUACUACCAUUUUAAGACGAUGUUGGGAAAUCAGUUUACUGAUCAACUUGAGGUUCACAAUGCUGAUUCGUUUUGGGAGUUCAUGGAAGGUCAACUUCUGGAUGGACUUUUUUGGGAGGAAUAUUAUAAUGAUGGAGACUUCAGGAGCUAUGUUUGCAAAUCCGAGGAUGAGCAAAUAGGACCAUGUGAACUAUCUGAUCAGAACAGGAAUAUUUUGUAUGAAAACAAGGUGUUAGGACGGGCAAGAUUACGACAAUUAAGAGUUAAAGAUCAGACAUGUACAAUACCUGAGGACUUUAGCGGAGUUAUCUUGAACUGCUGGGCUCCUUAUGAGGAGAGCCUUGAAGAUACAUCAAGCUUUCUUCCUAAGAAGGCCAGGACAUUCACGGACGAAAGAGCAUGGUCGUAUCAAACCGCAGAUCAAAUGGACGUGUCGAAUGUGGCAAUUUCUGGAAAGGUUGGAACGUACUCAGGACAUGGAUCAAUUCAAAAUCUCGGUCAAAACCGAAACGAAACCAACAGAAUCUUAAUGGAACUGAAAAAUCUGCGUUGGAUCGGACGCAGUACAAGGGCAGUAAUGAUAGAUUUUACCGUUUACAAUGUUAAUAUCAACGCUUUCUGUGUGACUAACUUUCUGUUUGAGUUUCCUGCCACUGGAGGUGUUUUGGCCAGCUCAGAUUUUAACACUGUUAAACUUCUUCGUUACGUGAACACAUAUGAUUACUUCAUCUUUGUCUGUGAAAUCAUAUACUUUACAUUUGUGCUGUACUACAUUGUUGAAGAGAUACUGGAGAUUAAGAAGUGUGGGUUGGAUUACUUCAAGGGGUUUUGGAACGAUAUGGAUAUUAUUGUGCUGGUUUUGUCAAUUAUUAGCCAGUCCCUCAAUAUUUAUCUUCACCUUACAGUGGAGACUCAAAUAGGAGAAAUCCUCCUUAAACCUGAAUCAUAUCCAGAUUUUAGAAUGAUUGGAAAUUUGUAUUAUAUCUUUACUACAUGUCUGACACUGUGUUCGUUUUUUGGUUGGAUUAAACUGUUUAAAUAUGUUUCCUUUAACAAAACAAUGACACAGCUCACAACAACACUUUCAAGAUCAUCAGGAGAUCUUGUUGCAUUUUCAGUCAUGUUCUUCAUCAUCUUCUUUGCUUUUGCUCAGCUUGGAUUCCUUCUGUUUGGAACUCAAGUAAAUAAUUACGGUGGCUUUACAGUAACAUUGUUCACCUUGCUCAGGCUUAUACUUGGAGACUUUGAUUUUGAUUCUUUAGACAGGGCUAAUAGAUUACUUGGACCUAUAUACUUCAUGUCCUACGUAUUCUUUGUGUUCUUCGUCUUGCUCAAUAUGUUCUUGGCAAUUAUUAACGACACUUACGGAGAGGUGAAAGCAGACCUGGCAUCUCAAGAAAAUGAGUUUGAACUUGGUGAUUAUGUAAGAAAAGGUUUCACCAAACUAUUGAGAAAGGUUGGGAUAAAGAACAAGCUGCAAGACAUUGUUAAUUCAGCAAAGGAUCCUAAUAGCGAAGAAGAAAUAACUCGCAGUGAUAUCAGAGAGCAACUGAAAAAGUGCAAUUUUUCCGAUCUAGAGAUAGAGAUGUUUUUCCAAAAAUAUGAUCUAAACGAAGAUUACGAAGGAGGAUAUUUAUCCAACAAUUCACAAGAUCCAUAUGAGGGAAGACCCAAGUCUGGUAAGGAGGCAAGGGCAAUGAGAGCCCAAUCUGUUAGAUUAAGAUCAGCAAGAUUCAACAACAACAGUUCAAGUGUAACCAGUGUAGAACAGUUUGCUGUGUUGACCCUGAAGGUUGAUGAAAUGGAGGGUGUUAUUGGUAACAUAGUGGCUAAAAUUGACAUGAUUUGUAACAGGUUGACCCAGAAGGUUGAUGAAAUGGAGGGUGUUAUUGGUAACAUAGUGGCUAAAAUUGACAUGGUUCUUAUCAAACUUGAAGGAAUAGAACUAUCCAAAGAAAAGAGAAAGGAAACGAUGUUCAAAAUAUUUGAAGGAAUCACAAAGGAGGAGACAGAUGAUGAAAUGGAGAUAAUUGAAACACCUGAAGAGAAUGCUGAGAAUAAUAUUGAAUAAUUUUUUUAAAAUUAUUUAGUUGUCCAUGGUUUAUACAAUUACCUUUCUUCAUAUUCCAUUUGUUUAGCGAAAGAAUAAUGGCCACUGUCUGUAGAUAUUUAAACUUUUUUAUUUGUUUAUUUUUUGUUCAACGCCAAAAAUUAAGCAA